GUAGUGGUUGGGGAAAUAUCAUUAAGUAUGUAGACAAUUAAUAGUCCGGACACAGCUGCUUCACGGACGCUAGAAAGGGCUCCUCAUGAUUGAAUAAAGUGGUCAAAUUUAACCGGCUGGAAGUCAGUUUAUGUGUUACAUUACAUGAGCUUGUUUGUAGCAAGAUAGGCUAGUUAAAAUGUGUGGGUUUGAAUUGAACAAUACAGACGUUAUAACCGUUAGAAAUACGCCGUUACAGUGACAGUUGAUGUGUGUCGUGGACGUUACGUUAGAAUGUAACAAUGCUAACUGUCAGCUAACGAUUAACUGUAACGUUACAUCAAUCUUCGCUAACGUUAGCUUGGCACAUCAUUUGUCUAACAUUAGUCCAACGUUACAUACAGUUAACGUUAGUUUGUCACAUUUCUAACGUAAUGCAGGGUGUGUAAAUGUGAUAUAUGUCUUUAUACCUGUACAGGCUGAUUAUUAUUAUUAUUAUUAUUAUUAUUAUUAUUAUUUAUUUAAAUACGCAGCAUAAAUUGGCUACUCUUAACUAACUUAACCUUAACGCGGCUACUUUCUGUUGUUGUUAUGGUAACGUUAGUCAAAUGGAGGCUUUACGGUUCUCCGGUUUUAAUGUCUUUAAGGUUUGUCGACAUUUUAAAAAAGUGUGUCAACCGGAGGAGCCAGACCUUACACGUGAUGCUGCCUCUCUCCUCCAGCAUGUUGCGCUUGCCCGUGGUGAGCCGGAGUCUCUUUCCAGCAGCUGUUACCAAAGGAGGUGCAACUAACAAUGCUCGCACCGCAGCUACAGCAACAGCAGCCGCCAGUAACCUCCUGGAGGUGUUCGUGGAUGGGAAACCUGUCAUGGUGGAGCCAGGAACCACUGUGUUGCAGGCAUGUGAGAAGGUAGGAAUGCAGAUUCCUCGCUUCUGCUACCACGAGCGCCUGUCAGUGGCUGGAAACUGUCGCAUGUGUCUUGUGGAGGUCGAGAAAGUUCCUAAGCCAGUGGCUGCUUGUGCUAUGCCAGUGAUGAAGGGCUGGAAUAUUUUAACUGACUCUGAAAAAACAAGAAAGGCCAGAGAGGGUGUGAUGGAGUUCCUACUGGCUAAUCACCCAUUAGACUGUCCAAUUUGUGAUCAAGGAGGAGAAUGUGAUCUACAGGACCAGUCCAUGCAGUUUGGCAGUGACAGGAGCCGCUUCACAGAGGGCAAAAGAGCUGUGGAGGACAAGAACAUUGGCCCUCUCAUCAAAACCAUUAUGACUCGCUGUAUCCAGUGCACUCGCUGUGUGCGCUUUGCCAGUGAGAUUGCAGGUGUGGAGGAUCUGGGUACCACUGGCAGAGGCAAUGACCUGCAGAUCGGGACCUACGUGGAGAAGAUGUUCAUGUCGGAGCUAUCUGGGAAUGUUAUUGAUAUAUGCCCAGUGGGAGCCCUGACUUCUAAACCAUAUGCAUUCACUGCCCGCCCUUGGGAGACAAGGAAGACUGAAUCCAUCGAUGUUCUGGAUGCUGUGGGCAGUAACAUUGUGGUGAGCACUCGUGGGGGUGAGGUGAUGAGAAUCCUGCCUCGUAUUAAUGAGGAUAUUAAUGAGGAGUGGAUCUCCGACAAAACCAGGUUUGCUUAUGAUGGACUCAAGAGGCAGAGGCUUACUCAGCCAAUGGUGAAAAAUGACUCUGGCCAGUUGGUUCCUACAACCUGGGAAGAUGCGCUGACUCGAGUUGCUGGAACACUGCAAGGAGUCGAAGGAAAUGAUGUUGCUGCUGUUGUCGGAGGCUUGGUUGAUGCAGAGGCCCUCAUUUCCCUGAAAGACUUGCUGAAUCGUUUCAAUAGUGACAACCUGUGCACUGAGGAGGUGUUUCCGAUGGCUGGAGCUGGAUCUGACCUACGUUCAAACUAUCUUCUAAACACUGGGAUUGCUGGCAUUGAAGAAGCUGAUCUGCUGCUUCUGGUUGGCACAAACCCACGCUAUGAGGCUCCUCUCUUCAAUGCACGAAUCAGAAAAAGCUGGCUUCACAAUGAGUUACAAGUGGCUCUUUUGGGAAAGGAAGUGGACCUAAGUUACACAUAUGACCAUCUUGGGGAGUCUGCCAAGGUUCUUCAAGAAAUUGCUUCAGGAACUCACCCGUUUUCCCAAGUCUUGGCUAAAGCCAAGCAUCCUGUUGUUGUGGUUGGAAGCAGUUGCCUGCAGAGAGAGGAUGGGGCCGCAAUAAUGGCUGCUGUAUCAACCAUCGCGCAUAAUGCUCGCGUCAGCAGUGGGGUGGAGGAAACCUGGAAGGUUCUCAAUGUGCUUCACAGGGUUGCCAGUCAAGUUGCUGCACUUGAUCUUGGGUACAAGCCAGGAGUGGAGGCUAUCAGAAAGAACCCGCCCAAAGUUCUGUUCCUACUCGGAGCUGAUGCAGGCUGCAUUACUCGCCAAGACCUCCCUAAGGAUAGUUUCAUAAUUUAUCAAGGUCACCAUGGCGAUGUCGGUGCACCAAUGGCUGAUAUCAUACUUCCUGGAGCUGCAUAUACUGAGAAAUGUAGCACCUAUGUGAACACUGAAGGCCGUGCCCAGCAGACCAAAGUGGCUGUGACUGCUCCAGGCAUGGCUAGGGAGGACUGGAGGAUCAUCAGGGCCAUAUCUGAGCUUGCUGGAGUGACUCUGCCAUAUGACACCCUUGAUGAAGUGCGUGAUAGGCUGGUAGAGGUUUCCCCAAAUCUGGUGCGAUAUGACGACGUUGAGGAGGCCAACUACUUUAAGCAGGCUAAUGAGCUGUCUAAGGCAGUGAACCAGGCUGUCCUUACUGGACCUUUAGUCCCUCCACAACUUACUGUGAAGGACUUCUAUAUGACAGAUCCGAUAAGCAGAGCCUCCCAGACGAUGGCUAAGUGUGUGAAAGCUGUCACAGAGGGAGCACAAGCUGUGGACGAGCCAGCCAUAUGCUAAAGCAAAGUGGAUAGCCAUCCAAUCCUUGAAAAACAAAAUAAUUAUACGCACAAUUCCGCUAUUUGCACAUUCCUAGAAACUUAUUUGCACUUGUAUUUUACUAUAGUGGAUAUUUUACUAUAGUCGAUGCUUCAUCAUGUGCGCACAUUAUGAAACUAACAUACUUUAGUAACCUGCAGAAACGUGUAUAUGCUGCUUGUGAAGAUGUAAGCUAGGUUAACCAAAAUCUUCAGACAUGUACCCCUGAAAGUUCAAGUUUUCACCUGUUAGGACAUUCACAUUUUUAGUAGGUGGGACCAAAGGUUUAAAAUCCCUCUCCUUCCUAAGUAAAUCCAGUUUCUUGUCUUCCUGAUAAAAUUACCAGCAUUAAAAGUGUUAAGAUUAUAUUUUCCUAAAGGUAAAUGCAGUAUAUAGCAUUACAAGUGUAGGUAUUUGUGUGAUAUUUAAUAAACCAGUUUUCUGUA